CAGCACGUCUGGUAAACCUUGCAGCCGACCUGCUUGUCCUGCACAGUGGGUUGCUGGUUCGUUCAGCGAGUGCUCCAAGUCAUGUGGUGGGGGUGUGCAGACUCGACAGGUGCAGUGUGUCCAGGUGGCUGGAGGAACACAACACACUGUGGCGGCCAGCAGGUGUCCAGCUGCAUCUAAACCACCACACAGCCAGACCUGUGGUACUGCGGCAUGUGCUGGGGUGUGGAAGACUGGAGCCUGGUCUGCGUGUUCUCAAACGUGUGCCCGAGGAAUGAAAACUAGAACAGUAAAGUGCUAUCAAGAUGCAAGUUCCAAUCAGGUCACGGAGUCAUCAUGUGUUGCAUCUGAGAAACCUGUCACCAAAACAAGUUGUAUAGCAGCUCCGUGCAACCCAGACAUAACUGGAGAUAAAUGCAAGGACACCCAGGAUUGCAAGGCAUAUGGCGACAAUGUAUGUUCAGAAUAUGGUGACUGGGCAAAACAGAACUGCCAGGAGUUUUGUGGAUACUGUGUUAAGAAACCCUCUGCAGGACAAUCAUCAACUGCCUGCAGUGAUGUGGCUGACAACUGUGCUGGCUAUGGAAAAGAAGCUUGCACUAAGUUCAAGGAAUGGGCUCAUGCCAACUGUGCUAGAUACUGUGGUUUCUGCGGUAACACAAUAGCCACAACAGCAGCUGCACCAGCUGCCGGCAGCACCUGUGUUGAUGCUAAACCGGAAUGUCACGCCUAUGGUGACAAUGUGUGUACACAGUACAAAGAAUGGGCUGCACAAAACUGCAAAAAAAAGUGUGGUCUCUGUGAAGUUGCAGAUGAUGACUGCAAGGAUGAGGUUGCAUGCAAUGGCCAUCCCACUAGUGUGUGCACAGAAUACAAGGACUGGUCAAAGCAAAACUGUAAAAAGAAAUGUGGUCAUUGUGGUGCAAAUAAAGGUACACCAGCAAAUAAAGCCAACUGUAAAGACACGGCUAACUGUGCAGCCUAUGGGGCCAACGUGUGCCAAGAAUAUGCGGAGUGGUCGAAACUAAACUGUAAAAAAACAUGUAAUCACUGCAGUAAAUAAGAGGAGUCCAGCACACUACUAACAGUAAAUGAGAAAACUCCCACUAGCUACUGAUAUCAGGAACACACUACACGGACACCACUACAUUCGAGUGUUUCAUUUGUUUCAGAUCUGAAUGAAUACCACGUGGUAAUGCAUUGACAAGCCUGUAUAAAGCAACAACCUACAAACAGAACCAUGACAUUUGUAAACCUACUUGUUUUAUUAUUCUAAUAGUUUCCACAUAUAGUAUUAUUUUGUGAGAAAAGAUGUGACUUAAUAUAUAUUUGUAAUUAUAUUUACUUGUUUUCGGUUAUUUCAUAUAAUUUACUGUGAUAAUUAUAAUGAAAUCUGAAAAUAAGCUGACAAAAGGAAGAACCUUCCGUCAAGUUAAGAUUGACAUGAAAUCACAGGUUGUGAUUUUAAAUAAUUGAUUAUUGUAUAUUAUAUAGCUGGGAUUUUUGUGUGUAACAUAUAUAUGUUGGACAUGGCUCGGUUUGGGCAAAAGCUUAAUAUAUGAAAAAUAAAGAAGCUUCUUUGGUGAAA